ACCUCAAUGCUGCUCCAUUUUAUCAUAGCUUUCCCGAACUCAAAAUCAAACCUAAAUCCCAGCAACCCUCUUUUGUUCCCAGCAUAAUUCUGCACCAUACUUCGAGUGGCAGCGUCUCCCACAGCCUCCGGUCCGAUUCAAAAACUCCAUUUCCGUCGCGCACGUUUUUGAAGAAGCUAGCAUCGAAUUUGAUCGGACUGUCUUUGUCUAAUGCAACCCUCUUUGAUCCGUCAGUCUUUCGAGCAGAGAGCCUGGAGUUGUACUAAGAAUGACUGGUGAUGGGAAUCAAGACGACAGCAUAUCUACCACGUCAUGUGAUCCAUUACACACCCAAGGAGGUCCAGUCACGCGAACUAGAGUUAAAAAGAUGCGUGAAGGUUUAAAUGGCCUUAUUGAGCAGAUUUGGGUUGAAAACAACAUACAACAAGCAAAUCGAAACUUGGAUGAUUAUCAAAGCAUGAUAAACAUCAUUCAGGACUUCAAGGAUGUGUUUCCAGAUGAUGUUCCUAAUGGUUUACCACCAGUAAGAGGAAUCGAGCAUCAAAUUGACUUCAUUCCUGGUGCAACAAUUCCAAAUCGACCAGCAUAUCGAAGCAAUCCAAAUGAGACGAAAGAACUUCAAAGGCAGGUCGAAGAACUCAUGAAAAAGGGACAUGUGAGAGAAAGCAUGAGUCCAUGUGCAGUACCAGUGCUACUUGUGCCUAAGAAGGAUGGGACUUGGCGUAUGUGUGUUGAUUGUCGCGCGGUCAACAAAAUCACUGUAAAGUAUCGUCACCUUAUUCCUAGAUUAGAUGACAUGUUAGAUGAGUUGCAUGGUUCUUGCAUAUUCUCUAAAAUUGAUUUAAAGAGUGGAUAUCAUCAGAUUAGGAUGAAGGAAAGAGAUGAAUGGAAAACAGCCUUUAAAACGAAACAUGGUUUAUAUGAGUGUGAAAAAUUGGCUGGUGCAGCACUUAACUAUCCUACUUAUGACAAGGAGAUGUAUGCAUUGGUAAGAGCUUUAGAGACAUGUCAGCAUUAUCUUUGGCCUAAGGAGUUCGUGAUACAUACUGAUCAUGAGUCAUUGAAGCACCUGAAGGGACAAGGUAAGUUGAAUAGACGACAUGCUAAGUGGGUGGAAUUCCUUGAGAUGUUUCCCUAUGUGAUCAAGUAUAAGCAAGGAAAGGAAAACAUUGUGGCUGACGCAUUAUCUCAUAGGUACACACUUAUCUCUACCCUAAGUGCAAAGUUAUUAGGUUUUGAGCACAUUAAAGAAUUAUAUGCUAAUGAUCCAGAUUUUGCUAAUGUGUUUAAUGCAUGUGAGAAGAUUGCUUUUGAUAAGUUUUAUAGGCAUGAAGGGUACUUGUUUAGAGAAAAUCGAUUAUGCAUGCCUAACUGUUCCUUAAGAGAAUUGUUAGUAAGGGAAUCUCAUGCGGGAGGCUUAAUGGGACAUUUUGGAGUUAGAAAAACUUUAGAUAUUCUGAAUGAUCACUUCUUUUGGCCACACAUGAAACGUGAUGUUGAAAGGAUCUGUGAAAGGUGCAUAACAUGUAAACAAGCAAAAUCUAGAGUUUUACCACAUGGUUUGUAUACUCCUUUACCCAUACCUACUGAACCUUGGGUUGAUGUGUCUAUGGAUUUUGUUUUGGGCUUACCAAGGUCAAAAAGAGGCCACGAUUCUAUUUUUGUUGUUGUUGACAGGUUCUCAAAGAUGGCAAACUUCAUUCCAUGUCAUAAAACUGACGAUGCAACCAAUAUUGCGGAUAUAUUCUUCAAGGACGUUGUUCGUUUACAUGGCAUUCCAAGGACUAUCGUUUCUAAUCGCGAUGUCAAGUUCUUAAGUUACUUUUGGAAGACAUUGUGGGGAAAGCUGGGAACUAAGCUACUGUUUUCAACUACUUGUCAUCCACAAACUGAUGGACAAAUAGAAGUGGUUAAUAGGACAUUGUCAACCUUAUUGCGUUCUAUUAUUCAGAAGAACUUGAAGAACUGGGAAGAGUGUUUGCCGCACGUUGAAUUUGCUUAUAAUCGAAGCAUCCAUUCGGCAACUAACUGUUCACCAUUUGAAGUUGUGUAUGGUUUUAAUCCACUCACUCCUUUAGAUUUAUUGCCUUUACCUAUUGACGAACAAGCUAGUUUGGAUGGGAAAAAGAAAGCUGACGUGGUUAAGCAAUUGCAUGAGAGGGUGCGACAAAACAUAGAGCGACGAAUUGAGCAAUAUGCAAAACAAGCCAACAAAGGACGCAAGAAAGUUGUAUUUGAACCUGGCGAUUGGGUUUGGGUGCAUAUGCGCAAGGAGCGAUUCCCCGCACAAAGGCGUUCUAAGCUGUAACCAAGAGGCGAUGGACCAUUUCAAGUGAUUGCAAGGAUUAAUGACAACGCAUAUAAGUUGGAGCUUCCUGGUGACGAUUUGAGGACAAAUCCUUUUGAGGAAAAAUCCUUUUGAGGAGAGAGGGAAUGAUGGGAAUCAAGACGACAACAUAUCUACCACGUCAUGUGAUCCAUUACACACCUAAGGAGGUCCAGUCACGCGAGUUAGAGCUAAGAAGAUGCGUGAAGCUUUAAAUGGCCUUAUUUAGCAGAUCUGGGUUGAAAACAACAUACAACAAGCAAAUCGGAUCUUGGAUGAUUAUCAAGGCAUGAUAAACAUCAUUCAGGUUC